GGUUAAUGUCAAAUCCGAUACGCAUUUCAGAUUUUCUCCAACAGACUGGACUUGAAUUUUGGAUGUCGAUGGUUUUAUAAAAACAAACUAAAUUCCAGUGAAAAAUCGCACCAUUAUAAAUAUUUAUUUGCGUUUAAAGCAUGACAAAUAAUCAAUAGUUUAGUGGCACACGACAUACAGAUUUCAACAUAACAAAAACAUUACCUGCAACGAAGAUGUCGGCCGAAUCGGCAGUAUACGAAGCACUGUUGUAUGCCUGUAGCCAGGACGCUCAGUUGCUAAAGCCGGCUGAGCAAAAACUGGCCGAAUGGGAAGUGCAGCCCGGGUUCCAUUUGACUUUGGUGAAGUUGUUCUCCGAUCAAUCGGUUGACGCAAACGUACGAUGGAUGGCUUCGUUGUACUUUAAGAACGGAGUGCUGAAAUAUUGGAGGAAGAAUGCACCCAACACGAUUGCAUUGGAGGAGAAACAUGAAAUCAAAAAACUUUUACUCCUGAGAUUCAACGAACCCGUUCAGCAGAUCGCUGUUCAAAUUGCUGUUCUGAUAGGAAACAUUGCACGCUACGACUGUCGUCAAGAGUGGGUUGAACUGGUGCCAACAUUAGUGGAAGUGGUGCAAAGCAACGAUUUGUUGGUGCAGCAUCGAGGACUGUUAGUCCUCUUACACGUGGUAAAAGUUUUAUCAUCUAAACCAUUUCAAAGGGACAGGAUUUAUUUUGAGGAUCUUACAACAAAGUUAUUCGAUUUCCUUCUAAACUUGUGGGACGUGUUUACGCAGCUUUUUUACACUAACAUACAAGAACAAGCCACACUUGAAAUAUGUACUACAAAUUUGGAGAAAGCAAUAAUAUCAUUACGAAUCCUAAAAAAGCUGACCAUCUAUGGGGUAUCUGCGCCACAUUUGAAUCCCAAAUGUAUGAUGUUCAUUCGUGUGGUCUUCCAAAGACUGAAGGAAUUGCUGGACUGUCGUUUGCAGGUCAAACAAAUUGAAAAACAGCAACAGUUACCAAAUACUUUAUCAGAGCAGGUAGAGAAAUUCAUCGUCAAGCACAUGAAGUUUCUGAACUUGUUCUUCGAAAGGCACCCUGCAUCGUUUGUCGAAUUCAUUCCAGCGGCCUUUGAAUUUUCAUUCAACUACGUCUUCCACGAAGGAACGAAUCUGAUUUUCGAGGACAAUGUCAUUACAUUCCCAAAUUUUGCCAUACAAUGCUUGAAUCUAAUCAAGGGAAUAUUGUCUCACAAUUUGAUCCAUGUAGAUCGCGACAAAGAGCAAAUAAUAAACGCAGCAAAGAACGAAUUCUUUACACCCGAACGACUGAGCUAUAUUUUUGAGAAAAUCAUCAUGCACUACUUUUUAUUAACUUCCGAAGAAUUUGAGCUUUGGGACAGCGAUCCGGAAAGUUACGUUCUGGAUGAGGGCGGCGACUCCUGGAAAUAUAAUUUAAGGUCAUGUACAGAGGCAUUUUACAUGAUCUUGUUCCAGAAAUACAGUCCUAUGCUAAUAGUAGAGCUUCAGAAGUUUAUAUCGAAAUCUCAAUCGAUAACGUUAACGGAAGCAUCGGACAUUAGUGACCUGUUGAUCAAAGACUCAAUAUACAAUGCUACUGGGCUAGCUGUAUUUAAUUUGUUUGAUGAGAUCAACUUCGACCAAUGGUUCACUCAGCAGCUGCUUGAGGAACUGAAGUUUAAAUCUAACAAUUUCCGCAUAAUACGCAAACGUAUCAUCUGGUUAAUAGGGCGAUGGACAGGAGUUAGUUUUUCAAAAUCGUUGCGACCCGACGUCUACCGUGCUUGCCUGGAGUUGUUGCAUCCUUCCGACGAUUUGGCGGUUCGUCUUACGGCGUCAAAGACGCUCAAAAACAUCAUGGAUGACUUUGAGUUUGAGGCGGAGCAGUUCCUUGAAUUUUUGGAACCUGUUAUCGCACUGCUGUUCUCCCUUCUGAAGGAAGCACAUGGAUGCGAGACGAAGAUGACUGUACUCUAUGUGAUGUCGUUCAUCAUCGAGAAAAUGUCAAUGUCCAUCAAACUGGAAGUGGAGAAUCUGAUCCAAUAUCUGCCAAUGCUAUGGGAGGAAAGCCGUGAACAUGAUAUGCUGCGCUGUGCCAUAAUCUCAACUUUGCUGCAGAUCAUAAAAGCAUUGUAUGAAAUCCCUUCACCGGAGCCGAUUGUUGCAUUUAUUUAUAAAAUCAUUGAGAUGAGUACAAACAUCAAUGAACCGUCGCAUGUGUAUUUGCUGGAUGAAGGACUAGAGUUGUGGUUGAUUGUCGUGCAAUAUAGCAGAACGAUGAACCAUGACCUGCUGAAACUCUGUGAUAAUUUGCUACCCCUGAUUGAGCAAUCAUCUAACAACCUGCGAACGUGUCUUGCUAUUACCCAGACAUACAUCUUCUUGUGCCCUGACGUUUUUCUACCGCGGUAUGGAAAAGAUAUCAUAAAAACCUGUCACUAUCUUCUGACUGAUUUGCGCACGGAGGGUGUUAUCGUAAUCUACCGCCUGUUCCUUACUGUACUGCGAAUUGCACCAAAGUAUUCUAUCGAGCUACUCAGGCCAUACCUGGUUGAAGUAUUCAAAAAAUAUUACGAACAUGAAGGCUUUCUCCAGAUUAAUCAAAUCUACCUGCAAAUAAUUGCACGGAUUUUGAUACUAGAUCAGGUAACUUUCAGUAUGAUUCUUAGUGAAAUGGGAAUCCCUGAUGCUAUGGAGAAGAUAGUAACUGCAUGGCUCGCCGAUAUGCCUGCGGCGGCAAGGAGCAAUGAAAAAAAGCUUUUGGCGUUGGCUUUAACUAGUUUAAUGACAGUGUCAAGUGAUAUUAUCUUCGAUAACUUCAGCACUAUUAUGACGAACAUAAGUGAGACGCUCAACGAUAUCACCAAUGAAGAUGAGCAAACGGGUGCCAAAGUAGACUCUCUUAUCCUCACAGAUGAUAACGAGGAAGAAAUAGGAAUGAUGAUGUUUGGCUACGGGUUCAUCGAUACCGAAAAUAUACAGAACGAAACUCCUCAUUAUGAUCGGUGCCGGGCGGUCUGCUUACAGGACCCCACACAUGUUAUUGUACUAAAGGAUUAUUUACAAAAUCAGUUAAUCGCAUUGAAGACAACAGUUGGAGAUGAACGUUACCAAACAUUGUUCUCACGCAUCGAUAUACAGAUACUGAAAGAGCUUAGCGAUUUCGUGUCAAUCGGUGUGCAGUUUCCUUCACAGCAAGACUUACAUUAACAGUUCGACAGCAGUCAGAAUGCUCUUUUAAUUAAUUGUUUUAUAUUACGUUUUCCAAAUUUGUAUUCUCAUUUAUCAAGCUUUUAUUUAUUUCUGUCCAUCCAUCCUAGACCAUUGGCAAUGAUAAUACAAACAUAAAUACGCUUCCCUAUGUUGUUAGUCAAUAGAUGUAAAACGAUUUGCAUAUAACAUACAACCGUCUAUUAGAUAUGUAAACAGAAAUUGGUCUGCUAUACAUUAAAAACUCACAAGUCCGUUAAACUAUUUUUUUACGAACCCAUUGUUUCUAUUUGUUUCUGGGUACUCAAGAUCAAGAUGUAUUACACAAACUGACCGAAAAAAAAAAAUCGAAAUACAAAAUUCCGAUAAAAAUAAAGUUUACUUUUUGAAGAAAGAAACAUUCAAGUUCCUUCAGGAUGGAUAAGCACUAUUGUAAAGAUCUUUAGUUUGUUGUAUGAUCAAUAGUUGUUUUAGAAGAUAAUUAUUAUUGUAAAAUCAAUAAAAAUAAAAUAUGCCUCUCCGCUUCAUAA